AACCAAGUACUUGCUGGCAAUAUAUCCGGGGAGUCUCCCUUCUGAACUUAAUCUGACAUCUGGGCACCAGACUUCAUGGUUGCACAGGCACACAUCAAAGGGUGAGCAUUACAUCACAUUGUCCAAUGGCAGGUCACUACUGGUCCACGAGGGUAAGUAACCACAACUUUUACUGUCUUACAAUCAGACAGCCUUUGCCACCCAGUAGGACAGCACGGAAAGAAGACUAGUAAGGACUAUACAACAAUACCUGCUUAAGAAAGCAUCAGGGGCUUAGACACAAGACCCCCAAAACAAGCUAUCUGAUUUUCAGUACAAGACGGUGGCAUUAUUAGCGGUACAAAUGAUAUUUACCAGUCUCCAAAUUGAGAAACCUAGAGCUAAAACGGAUUUAUAACUUGCCAACGCGUUUGGAGAUGGUGUACCUUGGCGAUUAAGGGAAAAUUACAAAACCCUCCAGAAUUUUGUAGCUGUUGUUAUGUAAUGGUAUAUUUAGUGCUGGUUGACUUAAAGCUUACCUUGACACAACCACGACACCGCUGUGAGCCGCCGUGUUGGGGACCUAUUUGACGUUCACUACACAUGCUGACAAGAUACGGUUUGCAAGAAGAAACGCACGAAAGAUUUACAGAAAACAGAAAAAGUCGGCCUGGCGUGUAAAAUACCAACUUCACUGACUAAUUGUGCCGUGAAAUACGCAGGAUAUCAUCUCGGCCUUUUGCUUUUUAUUGAGGAAAAGCAACGAAGGAACAGAGGCGAAGCGAUUUAUAAAGAUGGCAUACCAAGGUUGGUUCGUCCUGAUUGCGACAAUUCCGGCUUCCCUGGUUUGUGCAAGUUUUGCAUCGUGGUCAGAGUUUGUUGCGAUGUUAAGUCAACCCGAUUCCGGGAUCUAUGGCUCGGUGACUCUACUAGGCUUUGUUCAGUCAGUUUACGUCCUGAGUGCUUUCGUGCCCAGUCCAUUUACAAAGAUGGCCGCCAAACACCUCAAUAUACGCCUGUCUUUUAUGACCGGAUUGGCAAUCUCGUUCUUGGGCCUGGUGCUGAGUUCCAUCGCCCCGGAUAUUACAUUUCUGACAAUAUCGCGCGGAGUUUUUGUUGGUUUUGGCGUCAACUUCACCAUGGUGCCCAUAUCAUUUCUUAUAGCUGAGUGGUUUCCAUGGGAACAUCGUUUCCACGUUUUGGCAACAAGUUUUCGGAUGAUGAUUAAUCCAAUAGGGAGCGUAGCUGGCGCUAAUCUUAUCAGAUGGAUUAAUGAUCUUCUCGGCUGGAGGUAUUCUUUUGGUGUUCUCGCCAUUCUUGCAGUCUGUACUGCUUUUGGUUUGGUGCUGUUUCUUCGCCACCCAGAAGAACAAGACAAAGAUAAGGCACAUUCUGAAGCACUCGAACAAAGUAAAAUUCCAUGGAGCAGGGCAUCUAAAAUGAUUAUAUUUGUUCUUUGGGUGACUAUAUCAUCUUGCAAAGCAGUUGGUCAAACAGUAUUUUACACCAUUGUGGUAAAAUAUGGAGAGGACCUGGGUUUUGAUGCUCUUACUGCCACUCAUCCCUUGACAGCAGAUGGGAUAACAGGAUCUAUAUCUAGAGGGCUCACCUCUUUCCUUGGAGACUAUAUAAAGGGGAACAUUCUGCAUAUGUAUGCCGUUUGUGCCACCAUGUUGUCAGUGGCCAAUGUUUUGGUGCCGUAUGUUAAAUCGCCCGUUGAAUUGAUAAUAUUUGGCGCAGUAAUAGGAGCCGGACAGGGUCCUAUCUUGGCCGCGUGGUAUGCCGCGUGCAGUGAAGCUCUUGGUGGGGAAAGUGUGCACACGCUUUUUGUCCUCCAACUUGUAAGCUGGGGAAUAGGGCAAUCCAUUGGAAGUAUCUUACCAGGGCUUAUUCUAGAUUUUACGAAGAGUUAUACCUUGCUGUUUCAUGUAUUGGCAGUGUCCUAUGGCUUCAUUGUAUUUGGGUUUAUUUGUAUAAUACUGCUCAAUCGACGACAUGCUUCUGUCAACGAAGGGUAUCGUACUUACAACAUGGCGUUAGGAAAAAUCGGCUCAGCCUCUAAAACUGCUGAAGAUAUGUCAACGUCUGUAUAUCGAUUGAUACUUGAAUCAUAUCCAAAAUAUGAUUACGUUGAAGAGAGGGUCCAGCCAUCUCAGGAUGAACGAUGAAAGGCAACUGACAGGGGACCUGAUUUCGGCAAAUCUGGGAUGAUUCCGUAAUUCACUUACACGCAGGUGGUUAAAUCAUGUGACCAAAAAUCAUGUGACCACGUGGCGCCAAAGAUACAAUGGAAACGUGAAUGUCCCGCAAGCAGCUACUAUGGAAGGAGACGUAAAUACAUUCAGAAGUUAGUCACCAUGUUUUGGAAGACCAUUAUGUUCUAGCAACAAGUUUUUUGACCUCUCCUGUUUGGAAAACAUAUCCAUGUAAUGGCUUCAAGGUGGCCUGGAUGUGAGGAACUUUGCAGCUUUUGCUUGCAAACUACAUUGAGGGUCGUAUAUAAUUUUUAGUAGGCAUAAAAAGCUUCACCAAUGCAAUUUGUAUCAUACUUAGUAUUCUGCCGUGAAUAAAUUUAUCUAUUUAUAAAAAACACUUCAUUAAAACGGGAUAUGUUGCGGUUGCUUUUAGCGGAACUAAAUGCCCACUACAAAGUGCACAGUGGCAGGUCAUUGACUUUGAUAUAGACAAUUUACCGCAGACUCAGUAAACCUUUUCUUUACCAGAGCUCGGUUGGAUGCAGACAACCUCACCAGGCACAAAACAGAAGUGUGUUUAGCUGCUGACAUAUCUGUGAAUACCUCGUGAUAAAAGUCUACAGAGUACAAAAUACCUUUGAGCGUAUUAUUUAAUGGAUACUUGCGAGAAAAUUUUCAAAAUCGCAACGAAUUCAUUGACAUAUUUUUACCGACCUUUUUUAAUACAGUUGGGAGAACCUUUAAGGCUCAUUCCUUAUGAUAUAUCUGUCUGAUAGAUUUAGAUAUUUACAUGCGUAUUUGCCGCUAUCGCAUCCAUAUUAAGAUUAAAAAAAUGUUAAGUACCUAUGUUAGCUUUGUUGCUAUGGUGAUUUGACCUUAGGAUUCAAUUAUUCUUGAACACUAUGGGAAAUUUAAUGUUUUGCAUAUAUUUUCAAUUUCUUCACAGGUGAAGUGCGAUCAUAGUCCAUUUCUCCUACAGAUGGUCUUCAAUACAUAUGACAAACAUAGUUGAAAAUAUUUAUAGGUGCCCAUGCAAAUUAAGUUGCUAUGGUAACUUAUUUUACUAUAAAAUUGAAAAUCUU